GAGUAACAAAAAGGCAAUCGCGGAUGUUUUGAGUAGACCGUGGUCAAAUAACUUGAAAUACAUGCGCGAAUAAUAGUUUGAAACAUUGGAGGCUUAUUUAUGGUGUAACGUGAAAUGGAAAUGUGUCAAUGGAAAGUCAUAAAAUAUGUAGCCUAUCUUGCCACCCUACGGCACUGUCUUUAGUUUAACAGGAAGCUCAACGAAUAUAAUUCUACUUCAUCGUAAGGGUAGGCUAGUAUAGUUUGUAGUGUUUUCAGAAGAAAGUGGACAAUUGACUGAAUCAUCAAAUUACGUGGGAUGGAUAAGGUCUCUUUACCUAUUUACACCCAUAAUUAAACGAGUUUGAAAUGUAACAAAUGACUAUGGGCAUGCCCUGUAUUCUGCGAUUCGCCGUCACAACCAGACUGCUGUCUCUGCUACUGCAGGCAUUACUGAAUACUGCCAUACCAGAUCAUAAAGCAGAUGCUUUCAGUCCUCCUCCAGCAGAAAAUCCUCUCUUUCUGGACCCCAUCACCGAAGUGCUGUUUGGGGGCCUGGGACGCUGGGAUGCCCAGCACUUCCUCUUCAUAGCAGAGCGUGGCUACGUGUUUGAGCACAACUUUGCAUUCUUCCCCCUUCUCCCGAUGGUCCUGCGAUGUGUUGCUGCUGGUUUCCUCUGGCCCUUGAGUGCCUGGCUGACGCUGCAUGGGAGGCUGUUGCUGGCCGUAGUCCUGGUGAACAGUGCACUUUUUGUCCUGAGCGCGGCUGCUCUGUAUGGCCUCAGCCGCUUGGUUCUCCAAGACCGCCGCCUGAGUCUACUGUCUGCACUCCUCUACUGCCUGACACCUGCAAAUGUCUUUCUCAUGGCCGCCUAUGCGGAAAGCCUCUUUGCUGCACUCACGUUCGGCGGCCUGUGGCUACUGGAGCGGGGGUCAACCAUUAAAGGGUGCCUAGUGCUUGGGCUGGCCACUGGCGCGCGGUCGAAUGGCUUGGUGAAUGCUGGCUUUCUGCUGUACUUGCCCUUGCAGAGAGCACUGUGUCAGGUCCAAAAGCUUAGCAGGGAGACCAUGGUGAAGGCAAGGUGUCUGCGCUAUACAUGGAUUGCCGUUCACUACACGGUCACUGCUGCUGUUGGUGUUUUUGUCAUCAUUCUGCCUUUUGGUGUCUUUCAGUACUAUGGGUAUAAAAUGUUUUGUGAGCAGCCAUCAUCAACCCAGGAACCAAUAUCUCCUAUUCUGCUGACCCUUGCCCAGGUCAAAGGCUACAGGGUACCUGAUGCAGCCUCUCCUGUGCCUCCCUGGUGCUUGAAACCUCUGCCUCUUCUCUACUCAUACAUUCAGGAUGCCUACUGGGAUGUGGGAUUUCUGAGAUAUUUCCAGUUCAAACAGAUCCCCAAUUUCUUAUUAGCCCUACCAAUAGUUACUCUAGGCUCACUAGCCGCCUAUGUAUACGUCAGGGCUGACCGAGAGUAUUGCUUGUGGCUAGGCCUCUUCAACAGACAUGCCAAGGAGAAAGAGGAGAAGCCACCCUCUGGAUUUUUCAGCAGGAAGGUUUAUGUUUACGUCGUCCACACCACGGUGCUGUUGGUGUCUGGCUUCUUUUGCAUGCAUGUACAGGUUCUUACUCGUUUUCUUGGAUCCUCUUCUCCUGUGACGUACUGGAUUACUGCUCAUUUACUUGUAUCCCAAGAACCUUUGCUGAUGGACGACCACAGUUCAGCUUCUGUGAAAGACAAGAAAGAACAGAUGCCUAUGAAUCAUUCAUUGUUUGGUAUAGUAUGGACAAGGCUGCAUCAAAAUCCUAUUACUGAGUUAUUGAAUCAGUGGGGAGCCUGCUCAUUCCAAACCCAUUGCAUUUUGGGAUACUUUCUGUCCUACUGGGUGAUUGGCCUUGUUUUACACUGUAACUUUUUGCCAUGGACCUAAAAACGUUGCCACUCACUGAAUAUAAAACACUUAACCAGAUGUAGGCUAUGGUUAAAUGCCACUUUAUAAGUGUAUAAUGCAAUAAAGAAGAAAAGGUGUCAGCGAGAAAGAUCUUUUUUGUAUACUGGUGUCAGAGGUUUAUUUAUUUUGCAAUUUUCUUGUUUAUUAAAACACUACUAUUAAUUGA